AUGGCAGUAACGCAUCAUGGCAGUGGAGUGAUUGUGGUUGUCUCCGGAAUCAGUGACGAGGGGCUACUCUGGCCGUCUGUUCCAGUGAAACCUGCUGAGUUUCUUCCCACGCUAUUUGUUCGAUUUACCCCUUUCUGCACCGGGAGCGGACUAUCUCUGUCGAAGAUGGAAAACCUUGAUGAGCUACCUUUUUUUAGGCAGCAUAAAAUAGCAAAGGCUACCAAUAACUUCAUCAGUCAUUAUAAGAUUGGAGAAGGUGGCUUUGGUCCAGUUUACAAGGUAACUUACGGAUGUUUUGAUACCCUUACUUAUGAGGAUGAUAUCGGUUUUCAGAUGGAAAACCUUGAUGAGCUACCUUUUUUUAGGCAGCAUAAAAUAGCAAAGGCUACCAAUAACUUCAUCAGUCAUUAUAAGAUUGGAGAAGGUGGCUUUGGUCCAGUUUACAAGGGUGUGUUGGAAGACGGACAAGUAAUAGCCGUAAAGCGGCUAUUAGAGACAUCCGAACAAGGGCUUGAUGAGUUGAAGGAUGAAGUCAUUUGGUUCUUCCAAGAAACAAUAGCCACAGAGAAUCUCUUCCAAGAGAAAAAUCAAAAAGUUGUCACUUAUCUGUUUCUUAUCACACCACCAAGCCAAGGUAGUGAGUUGUCAUGA